AUGCCGGUGAAACUUUUUCUUGCAGAAAAAGCAAACAACUUCCCUCCUCUGCCGAAGUUCAUCCCAUUAAAGCCAUGCUUCUACCAGGACUUCGAUGCAGAGAUCCCGCCGCAGCACCGUACCAUGGCCAAGCGGCUUUACUACCUCUGGAUGCUGAACAGCAUCACCUUGGCGGUGAAUCUCGUUGGCUGCCUCGCAUGGCUGAUUGGAGGCGGCGGAGCUGUUAAUUUUGGACUGGCAAUUCUCUGGCUCAUUCUCUUUACGCCCUGCUCCUAUGUCUGCUGGUUUAGACCUAUUUACAAAGCUUUCAAGACAGACAGUUCCUUCAGCUUCAUGGCCUUCUUCUUCACCUUCAUGGCGCAGCUGGUGAUCAGCAUUAUCCAGGCAGUGGGAAUCCCGGGCUGGGGUGUCUGUGGCUGGAUCGCAGCGAUUUCCUUCUUCGGGACCAAUGUGGGGUCAGCGGUGGUGAUGCUGAUCCCCACCAUCCUGUUCACAGGCAUGGCGGUCUUCUCCUUCAUCGCUCUCACGAUGGUCCAUAAGUUUUACCGAGGGAGCGGGGGGAGCUUCAGCAAAGCGCAGGAGGAGUGGACCACGGGGGCGUGGAAGAACCCCCAAAAAAUUCGGCAGGCGGCGCAGAACGCGGCGAUGGGGGCGGCACAGGGGGCCAUGAUGCAGCACGAGACGCAGUACUCGGCCACCCCGAACUACACCUACUCCAACGAGAUGUGAGCAGCAGGACUCUGUCCUCGGGCAAAAGAUCUGGGGGGAAGGGAGGAGGAGGAGGAGGAGGAGGAAGAAGAAGGCUGAGCCAAGUUUCUGCAGCUGUUUUGGAAAGUCGGAGUGUACCAUAACAGUUCUUCUUUUCCCAUUCUUUGUAACAAUAUAGUUUUGGGGUUUUUUCUUUUUUUUUUCCUCCCCCCCCCCCAAUCUCUUCUUUUAUUUUUCAUUUUUGAAGAGGCCAUGAGUUGACCUG